UCUAGAAGCAAAAAACAGGGAUGAGGAAAUUUCUUUUUCGAUAUUGAAGUUUGAUGGGAAGACAAUGUAUGAGGAAAUCGUCAGGGCAACAAAAGAUUUUGAUUCUAUGUAUUGCAUAGGGAAGGGAGAACAUGGAACUGUCUACAAAGUAACUUUGUCAAAUGCUAACACAGUAGCUGUGAAGAAACUCCAUCUGUUAUGCGCUGAUGAUGAGAAUCUUCAAAAGGAAUUCUUGAAUGAAAUCAGGGCACUAACUGAGAUGCGACACCGAAAUAUUGUGAAGCUUUAUGGUUUCUGUUCACAUAGGCGACACUCAUUUUUGGUGUAUGAGUAUCUUGAAAAGGAUAGUUUGGCCACAGUGUUGAGCAAAGAUGAGGAAGCUAAAGAACUAGGGUGGAGUAAAAGAGUGAAUAUUCUUAAAGGUGUAGCUCACGCCUUGUGUUACAUGCACCAUGAGUGCUUGCCACCAAUUGUGCACCGGGACAUAUCGAGCAAGAAUAUUUUGCUGGAUUCUGAAUAUGGGGCCUAUGUUUCAGACUUUGGCACCGCUAAGUUCUUAAAUCCAAACUCAGCUAAUUGGACUGCCGUUGCAGGCACUUACGGAUAUGUUGCACCGGAGCUGGCGUAUACAAUGGAAGUAAAUGAGAAGUGUGAUGUUUAUAGCUUUGGAGUGGUGGCAUUGGAGAUAGUUAUAGGAAGACAUCCUGCAGAUCUUCUCUCAUCUCUAUCAUUGGGGUUGUCGUCAUCGUCAACUGCCUUACCAGCCCAUACAAUGCCAGUUGAGGAUGUUUUGGACCAACGCAUUUCCCCUCCAACACAUCAGGUUGUAGGGGAAGUGCUCUCGCUUAUGAAGAUAGCAUUUGCAUGCCUGAGUUCCGGUCCUCAAUCUCGUCCAACAAUGAAACAAGUUUCUCAACAAUUUGAAACAAGUUUCUCAACAAUUUGA